AUGAAGACCCUUCUUGUUUUGGCUGUCUUGGUUGCCGUUGCUACUGGACUCGUCCUCCCAGAGAAGAGAAGCGCUAUUAGCUGUCAAAUGUGCGAGUUGGUUGUCAAGAAGUACGACGCCUCCGCUGACAAGGAUGUCACCACAAUCAAGAAGGAUUUUGAUGCUGAAUGCAAGGCUCUCUUCCACUCUAUUCCAUUCGGAACCACCGAAUGCGACCACUACGUGAACAAGAAGAUUGACCCAAUCAUCCACGAGCUCGAGAGCGGAACCGCACCAAAGGAUGUGUGCACCAAGCUCCACGAGUGCCCAUAA